AUGGCGGCCACUGCCCGCCGCGAGAUAGACACGGGUGAGGAAGACAUUGCUGCUAUAGCCAAACAGAUUUCGGAUCACGCCGAAGCUAUAUAUCAAACUUGGAAGGCACGCGGCCUCGCGCCCACUGAGAUACUGUCGUGUAGGCCUACGCCCGGUAUAAAAUUGGCAGAAAGCCUUCGAACUAAACCUAGACCUGAACCAAAACCAGAAAUAAAACAAAGACCGGAUAUCAGACGAGAUUAUCGGCCGGAUGUCGGCAGAGAUCAGAGAGCGGACAUUCGCAGAGAGCAGAGAAUAGACCAACGUCACGAUAGAAUAGAGCCUGAGGGCGAGACGAUAGAGGUGACUCUGCCUCCAGAUCUGGUACCAGAGCGGAAUGGCACUGGCGCGGGCGCAGGCGCGCGACGCGCCGACCCUGCCGCCAUGCGGCUCGAGGUCGCUCGCGAGGAGGAGCGGCUGCUUCGGGCGCUGCGCACAGGAGGCGUGGUAGCUGAACGCACAGCCGAGCGUCCAGAUGUAGUGCCUCCGCUUUCGUUAGUAGAUUACGCUAAGAGUAGAUACCAGGACAGGCUGGAUACCGGCGCUCGGAAGCCAGCCGCUGGCGCCAGCGGUGAGCGCCGGGCUUCUCUGGGCUCGCAUGUGACUGAGGCGCGCUCAAAAUUUGAAGCGCGAGCUCGGCGUGCGUCGAGCGCCGGUGCCGGUGAACCCGCCUCCGCGUCAGGAACGGCGCCUGUGCGACCCUUCCUCACACGUGGCUCUGUCGCUGAACGUGUUCUUAUGUUUGAACGAUGUCCAAGUGAAGCUACGCUAGAACUAGCCAAGAGGAAGUCACCUGCAGCCACCACUUGGCGAGGACCACACGAUGUCAUCAGUAGAGCACAGGUAACUUAUACUAUUCUUACUUAUAAUAACGUGUAUUAUAUUACCUAUGCUCUUUUUUUGCUUCAAACCUGA